UUCAGUUUUUGUUUUCGUAACUUAACGUUCAAUUUCAGUUUCUUCUUUUUGGUAAUUUUUCGCAUUACAUGUCUGUUCCAACAUUUCACAUGACUUUAUUCAUUAAAACUUAUUAAAACUUCCGUCGUUGAAUGUGUUGUCUUCGUACUGUUGUCAUCACGCACAAAAUGCCAGCUUCCAAAUCAUCUUGAACGCCCCCUUCCCGCUUCAGUCAUUUGGUGUCGGCUACCCGUAGGGUCCAAGCUUCACACCCAAAGCAGAAGUUUACGAUUUAAGGAAAAUAGAUUUGGUAACUGUUUCUAACAUAUCUAGACGUCACGUUGACGCUUCUCUUGUUGUUUCAUAUGAACAUAUACAUACAAUACAUAAGACUAGAAUUGAGAGAAAUUUGGCUACUCGUUUGAUGAACACUUUAGAAUGAAAGUGUUUGUACCAAAUAACCAAAGAUAUUCUUAGACAAGCUGAUAUUUAUGGUUAAAGUUGUGUAUAAACAUCAAAUAAGCUGACAGUAAAAGUAAAAAAAGAAGAAAAUUAUAAGGAAUAUAUUUAUUCAAGGCACAGGUAUGGUUCUGGGUUCAGUUCCCCUGCUUGGCACCUAAGUUUUUAUUUUAGAUUGGAAAAAAAAAAAGGAUUUAACAAUGUUUCGAAGGCAUUUCUUAAACUUGUACCACCGUCUGUCUGUGAUGACAUCAACUACAGUGAAAUCUUCCCUUCACAAUGGAUCUUUUAGUUUUCCAGAAGAUAUAGCCUUUCCUAUGUAUUUGUUGAGUAAAACUGCUGAUUUUGAACACCAGACAGCAUUGAUAAAUGGUGAAACUGGCCAGAAAUUCAGUUAUGAAAACCUUCAAAAAGAUUCCAUUAAAGUUUCUAAUUCCUUUUUCCGUCUUGGUUUGCGAAAAGGAGAUGUUGUUUGUUUGUAUGGCUCAAACACACCUGAAAUGCUUCAUAUUCUUUGUGGAGUCACAGCCAUUGGUGGCAUUGUCAGUCCAGCGAUGGCACAGAUGUCUGUUGGAGAACUCGUGUCCCAGUUAAGAGAUUCUCAGUCUAAAUUUAUUGUAACCACUCCAGAAUGUAUUAUUCGGGCUAAAGAAGCAGCCAAAAGAACCAAUGGUAUUCAGGAAACCAUAGUAUUAGGACAGGCUGAAGGUUGCCGACCAUUUUCUGAUCUACUCAAAUCAGCAAAUUUUACUUAUCCUGAUGUACACAUUAAUCCUCGGAAGGACACUGCUCUUUUACCAUACUCAGCUGGAUUAUCAGGAAAGCCUAAAGGUGUAAUGCUGACACAUCAAAAUUUAAUUGCUGCCAUUGAGGCACUGAGACAACCUGACUAUAUUACAUUCGAAGCAGGCAAAGACCAUAAUGUAAUGGUGUUUCCUUUGACCCAUGCAUCUGGACUAGUUAUGGGUUUCGGUAUGUCAUUGGUACAAGGUGCCACCAUAGUGACUCUCAACAGAUUUGAAGCUCGGUCAUAUUUGGAAUCUUUUCAGAAAUACAAGGGAACAUUUACAAUGGUAACACCAUCAAUGAUAUCAUUUUUCAACUCCCAUCCUCUUGUGCGAGAAACUGAUCUUUCCAGUCUAAAGUCUAUUGUAAGUCAGUCAGGAUAUCUGAGCCCUAAUCACAUUCAACAACUUUCUGAAAAACUAAAGGGAGUAAAUAUAAGACAAGGUUAUGGACUGACAGAAACAUGCGGUGUUGGAAUGGUAACUCCUGCAAGCAACAUAAAGAAUGGUUCUGUUGGGGUUCCAGUUCCUGGAAUGGAAGUCAAAUUAAUUGACUCAAAGUCUAAGACAGACAUAACCGACGAACAAAAAGGUGAAAUUUGCCUUCGUGGGCCAAGUAUCACUUCUAAGUUCUGGAAACACAGAGACAAUAAUGAAGAAAUGCUCUUGGAGGACAAUUGGCUCAGAACAGGUGACAUUGGAACUUGUGACAGUGAAGGACACUAUACAAUUGUUAACACAGUCAAAACAUUAAUUAAGUAUAAGGGGUGCCAGGUUUCUCCUGAGGAAAUUGAAGACCUUCUUCUACAACACCCAGCUGUCUUAGAUGUUGCUGUGUUUGGCUUGCCCGAUAAAGAAGCUGGUGAAGUACCAACGGCUCUGGUUGUCCAGCAAAGGAAAGUUGACCAGAAAGAACUACAAAAUUUCGUACAAGACAAUGCAGCAUCAUACAAGCAGCUGAGAGGUGGCAUUAAGUUUCACACAGAAAUCCCUCGUCUACCAGAUGGAACUAUAUCACGACAAAAGAUUCGUGACUGGUUUUUGGAAUUUCAUAAAAGAGCUUAAAUAUAUUUACUAUAAUAUCAAGUAUAUUUCUGAGAAACAUUCCAUGUAAAA